UUCCAUGUUGUGUGUACUGUGGGAGACCGAAAAUAGUGAAUGCAGGGUCCAGGGAGACCACAUAUAGUGAAUGCAGGGUCCUGGGAGACCAGAUAUAGUGAAUGCAGGGUGCUGGGAGACCAGAUAUAGUGAAUGCAGGGUCCAGGGAGACCACAUAUAGUGAAUGCAGGGUCCUGGGAGACCGGAUAUAGUGAAUGCAGGGUCCUGGGGAGACCGGAUAUAGUGAAUGCAGGGUCCGGGGAGACCGGAUAUAGUGAAUGCAGGGUCCUGGGAGACCGGAUAUAGUGAAUGCAGGGUCCGGGGAGACCGGAUAUAGUGAAUGCAGGGUCCGGGGAGA